AUGGAGAUCUUUGUUGAGUGUGUUGGUGUGAGUGUUUUUGUUCAGCUGGUUGGAACUGUUAUCUUCUGUGAAUUAGUUGUAGUUUCCCUGCCAGUCCUUGGAAUGGGGGGAAAUUGCAGAUGGUUACGGUAUAUUUCUUUUGUCAUGUAUGCAUGGGAUCUGUGUGAUUUAGUACACGACAUUAUUGGGAGCAGAAAUGGGUACUUGGAAACUAAUUCCAAUCAUCUCAGAAAAGAAAACUGCAAGGAAAAAGGUUCACUGGUUGUUUGCUUUGGGGAAAUGUUAAUAGACUUUGUUCCAACGGUUGGAGGAGUGUCACUUGCUGAAGCACCUGCUUUCAAGAAAGCUCCGGGUGGAGCUCCUGCCAAUGUGGCUGUUGGCAUCUCUAGACUGGGAGGUUCAUCUGCUUUUAUUGGCAAGGUUGGAGCAGAUGAAUUUGGGUACAUGCUGGCUGACAUUUUAAAGCAAAACAAUGUUGAGACUUCUGGCAUGCGGUUUGACUCUAAUGCAAGAACUGCGUUAGCUUUUGUUACACUUAGAGCGGAUGGUGAACGUGAAUUCUUGUUUUUCCGCAAUCCAAGUGCUGAUAUGCUUCUUCAAGAAUCAGAACUUGAUAAAAAUCUCCUAAAGCAGGCUAGAAUAUUCCAUUAUGGCUCCAUCAGCUUGAUUGAUGAGCCAUGCAAGUCAGCUCACCUUGCUGCUAUGAGAAUGGCCAAAAACUCUGGUUGCAUUCUCUCUUAUGAUCCAAAUUUGAGAUUGGCUCUGUGGCCUUCAGCAGAUGCUGCUCGGAAAGGCAUAAUGGAUAUAUGGGAUCAAGCUGAUGUCAUAAAGAUAAGCGAGGAUGAAAUUACAUUUUUGACUGGAGGUGAUGAUCCUUAUGACGAUAAUGUUGUUUUGAAGAAGCUUUUUCAUCAAAAUCUCAAGCUUUUAAUUGUCACUGAGGGCUCACAGGGUUGCAGAUAUUACACCAAAGCAUUUAAGGGAAGGAUUGCAGGUGUUAAAGUUACACCUGUAGACACAACUGGUGCUGGCGAUGCAUUUGUUAGUGGGAUUUUGUACAAUAUAGCUUCUGAUCAAACUAUUUUUCAGGAUGAGAAAGAUCUUCGAAAGGCUUUAUAUUUUGCCAAUAUAUGUGGUGCCCUCACUGUGACCAAGAGAGGUGCAAUUCCUGCACUACCUACAAAGGAAGCUAUUUUGACAUUCUUACUAGAAGCAGCUGUAAUACAACAGAAUUGA